GCUUUGCUUUGCAGCCAAAUAUUAUUUUCUAAUAUUUGAAGUUCUACUUUCACUCCCUUUUUUCAUACACAAAAUAGCACAAUGGACCAACAAUUCUAUGAAGAGGUUCAAGAGCCAGUGAGUCCUCCAGGACAAUAUUUCAACAGCUCGGUGAUAUGUUCCUAUGUUUUUGGCUUUCUUGAGAUGGCAGUUCCAAUUGAUGACUCACAGACUAUACCUUUGCUUAAAGAUGUCUUCCUCCCUAUCAACCCACGUUUCUCUUCUAUUAUGGUGAGAGACCAAGAUGGUAGAAUGAAAUGGAAAAGGGUACAAGUGAAGCCUGAAGAGCAUGUAAAGGUUCCCAAAUUUCCUGAAUGCAAUUCACCUGAAUUAUAUGACCAAUAUUUUGGUGACUACGUGACAAGGAUUCUAACUGAACGGACACCUCAAAACAAACCACUAUGGGAAAUCCAUAUUAUUAAUUAUCCAACAAGCAAUGCUGCAGGCACAUUAAUUUUCAAGCUUCAUCAUGCGCUUGGAGAUGGUUAUUCUCUUAUGGGUGCUCUUCUUUCUUGUCUUCAAAGAAGUGAUGAUCCUUCUCUUCCACUAACUUUUCCUUCAAGAACAUCAUCAAAUUCACAGCAAGCAAAGAAAAGCAUGUUUAAGAAGUUACCUUCAUUUAUAUCCUCCUUUUUUAACUCCAUGUCAGAUUUUGGAUCUAGCUUAAUAAAGACAAGAAUGAUUGUAGAUGACAAAACACCCAUAAGGUCUGGAUAUGAAGGAACUGAGUCUAUGCCUUUCACCUUGUCAAACAUAUCAUUAUCUAUUGACAAUAUCAAAGCAAUCAAGUCCAAGCUUGGAGUGACAAUAAAUGAUGUGAUUACUGGCUUGAUUUUCUAUGGGAUUCGAUUGUACAUGCAAGAGAUUGACCGCAUGGCUAGAAAAGCAAAUUCCACAUGUGUGGUAAUGCUUAACACAAGAAAUGUUAGAGGGUACCAAUCAGUGAAGGAGAUGCAAAAAUCAAAAGUCAAAGGUCUUUGGGGGAAUAAAAUUUCUUUCUUACAAGUACCAAUUCCAAAGCUAGGCCAAUCCAAAAUCUCCAACCCUCUUGAGUUUAUUUGGAAUGCUCGUAAACAAAUCAAGAAGAAGAGACGUUCUUUCAGUGUUUAUCUCAUAGGUCUGCUCUUGGAUUUGGAGAUGAAAAUAAGAGGCCCUGAGGCUGUUGCUAAAAUCAUCUACAAGACUCUGCGAAACUCUAGUGUUGUUAUAUCCAACCUUUUUGGGCCAAUGGAACAAAUGACUUUGGCAAAUCAUCCAAUAAGUGGUCUGUAUUUCACCAUGACUGGUGGACCUGAGAAUGUAGACAUAACAAUUAUGAGCUAUGUGAAAGUAAUAAGAAUCACCUUGAGAACACUAAAGGGAUUCGUUGAUGAACAGAAAUUCAAGUUUUGCAUAGAGAAAGCCUAUGAUGUCAUGUUCAAAGCUGCUAUGGAGAUCUCUGAGACACCCAACAAAAAUUAAUUGGGACAUAUAUGCAGAUCUUGAUCAUAUGCAUUGCAUGGGCAAAUAACAGAAUAUCAAUCAUUCCAGAAAGAGUCACACGUACAUUAUUUCAAAUAAAACCAUAUAGCUGAUUAAUUAUUGUAUCUUAGUUUUACGAAAAUAUGAAUAUUGUUCUUUAAGGCAAUGAAGAUAUAGAAAUCCGGUGGAACUAUUCAUGAUGCCGUUCCUCUUCAAAAACUUGCCAUGUUACACUCAUUUGUUUUGGUGUGGAAAUUUUCUAUUAAUUAAUUGGAAAAAAAAUUAUUUUGUCA